AUGUCUGCCUCGAUUCCUGGCAACCGGGAGCUUCCCAAUUCCCAGUAUGAUCUGACAACCUACUGGGGCCGCGUGCGCCAUGCGGCGGACAUUUCUGACCCGCGGACACUACUCGUUUCAUCCACGGGCCUGGACCAAGCCAAACAGCUUAUCUCCUCCUACAAGCAGAACAAGAUCUCCGAUAUGAAUGCGGAACUGUGGCGGGCAAAGAAGGUGGUGGACUCGACCCUGCACCCUGAUACCGGAGAACCGGUGCUGUUCCCCUUCCGCAUGUCCUGCUAUGUUCUCUCCAAUUUGGUGGUCACUGCGGGCAUGCUCACUCCUGGCCUCGGAACUGCCGGUACCCUUCUUUGGCAAAUCGGCAACCAGUCGCUCAAUGUCGCAAUCAACAACGCCAACUCCAACAAGUCUACCCCGCUUUCCACCUCCCAAAUCGCCAAGUCCUAUUGCAUGGCCGUUUCGGCUUCCUGCUCCGUUGCCCUGGGCCUGAACGCCCUUGUGCCCCGUCUUAAGAGCAUCUCUCCUAACACCCGUCUCAUUCUUUCCCGUCUGGUCCCCUUCGCCGCCGUUGCCAGUGCCAGCGCUCUCAAUGUCUUCCUGAUGCGCGGCGAGGAAAUCCGCCAAGGUAUCGACGUCUACCCCGUGCUGUCAGCCGAGGAACGCGCCAAGCGCGAACACCUGGGCAAGUCCAAGAAGGCCGCUACCCUGGCAGUCGGUGAGACUGCCAUCAGCCGUGUCCUGAAUGCUACUCCGAUCAUGGUCCUUCCCCCUCUGAUCUUGGUCCGUCUCGAGAAGACGGAGUGGCUCCGUGCUCGCCCUCGCAUGAUCCUGCCUCUCAAUCUUGGUCUGGUCUUGGGUACUUCUCUCUUUGCUUUGCCUUUGGCUCUGGCUGCUUUCCCUCAGCGCCAAGCUAUCAGCGCUGCUACUCUUGAGGAUGAGUUCCAUGGCCGUGGUGGUUACGAGGGUAUGGUUGAGUUCAACCGUGGCAUGUAA